CUCGCCAUACUUCUUCGAGAAGAUACGGGAUAGUUUGAGUGCUUUAUCAAAACGUCGCUUUAUCAUCACCUUUGUUUGGGUUCCCUCUCAUUGCUCGAUAGAGGGUAAUGAGAAGGCAGACUCUCUGGCAAAGGUGGGGGCGAUGGAAGGCGACACGUACCAGCGUGAAAUUGCCUUCAACGAAUUUUACUUUUUAGUUCGAAGAAACUCUCUUGUCAACUGGCAGCGCAAAUGGGACGAGGAUGAGUUGGGUCGGUGGCUGCACUCGAUUAUCCCAAGGGUAAGCCUUAAACCAUGGUUUAAUAGAUUGGACCUGAGUCGAGAUUUUAUUCGUAUAUUUUCCCGUCUCAUGUCCAAUCAUUAUUCCUUAGACGCGGUACUCUAUCGUUUGAAUAUUGCUAGCAGCAAUUUGUGUAGUUGCGGCCAAGGUUACCAUGACAUCGAGCAUAUUGUUUGGUCGUGCGAGGUCCAUCUUGUCGCCAGAACGAAUUUCAUAGACUCCCUUCGGGCCCGAGGAAAACCACCCUAUGUUCCAGUGAGAGAUGUGCUGGGGUGAACUAGAUAUAAGCACACAAUUGUUAUCAAACAAAACG